AGAUGAGAUGAUGAAAAAAGGGGGAUAAAUAGAGACUUGAGGAUGAAAAGUUAAUCCAAAAAUGAGCUGAGAAUAGAUUAUUGUUCAAACAGAAGUCAAAUAACAUCUUUCAUCAAUCAAUUUAACCACAUCUUUACUUGUUCUCAUCCCUUCCUCUUGGCUUUACUUGUCAUCCGCCAUCAUUUAUUUUAAAUUAAAAGAAACAAUUUAAUUAUUAUUUUGAUAGUUUCCAAGUUACACUAAUCAUGGAUGAUCGUGAAAAGAGGAAAGCAGAGGUUCGAGCUCGUCUUGAACAAGCCGCAGCAGCAACCAAAAAGAAGAAGGGUUUCAUGACUCCAGCUCGUAAAAAGCGACUUCGGGCUUUGUUGAGGAAGAAAGCUGCCGAAGAGUUGAAACGUGAACAGGAGAGGCGAGCAGAGGAACGAAGACGAGCCAUUCGAUCAAGAUGUGGACAACCUCAUGACUUGGAGGAGGCAAAUGAAGCUGAAUUAACACAAAUUGUUAAGGAAUAUUACAAACGAGUUGCCAAAAUUGAAGAUGAAAAGUACGAUCUUGAAUACGAUGUUAACAAGAAGGAGUUCGAGAUUCGAGAGCUUGCUGCCAAAGUAAAUGAUAUCGCAGGACGAUUCAUCAAACCACCAUUAAAGAAGGUCUCCAAAACAGCUCAACAAAUGGAGAAGAUCCGUAUGUUUACAGCCAAAGUAUCUCAAAUGGAUUACCGAUCUGGAUUAAAACAGGUCAAGAAAUACGAUUUUGACGAUAAAGCAGCCAAAAAAGAGGAAUCUUCCAAGGAACCAGCUUCUCGAGAGAAAUCCGAGGCUUGAAUUGUUUACCAGAGUGGAGGAGGGGAAUAAGGAUCAAUUCACCAAUCAAACAUGCAACAGUGAAAUUUGAACACAAUAACAGGGAGAGAGAAAAUGUAAAUCAGUUGAUUGUUUUGUCGAAUAAAAUAUUAAUCAAAAUAAAAAUGUCACCACCAAAUUGA